AUGUCCUUUGCAACCAGAAUGAUGAUCAUGGCACUCUCUAUUCAAAUCAUUACAGUUCUUCUCUUUAUUACCGUCGUCACUGUCUCCUCAUCAUCUCCCGGCGGAUUCACCAUGGACCUAAUCCACCGUCGUUCUAAUUCAUCUUCUACCGGUCGCUCUAACACUUACGAUCAACUCCGAUCAUCUCCUUACGCCGACGUCAUCUAUGAUACUACCUCCGGAGGAGAGUAUCUUAUGAAACUCCAAAUCGGUACACCUCCUGUCGAGUUCGAAGCACUCAUAGACACGGGAAGCAGUGUCAUAUGGACACAAUGUUUGCCUUGUCUUAAUUGCUACGACCAACGCAAUCCAAUAUUCGACCCUUCGAAAUCCUCCACCUACCAAGAUCUAAGAUGCAACAACAAAGCUGACCAUUCUUGUGUUUAUGAUUUGGUCUACGGAGAUCAAAGCUAUUCCAUAGGAAGCUUUGCUACCGAGACUGUCACGAUUAAAUCCACUUCUGGCCAGUCCUAUGUAAUGCCUGAAACCAUUAUUGGAUGUUCGCACAACAGCUCUAUGCUUGGAAGAUCCUUUUCGGGCAUGGUUGGUCUAAAUUUGGGGCGGUCAUCACUCGUCUCUCAGAUGGGCAAACACAUGCAAGGUGCAAUUUCUUACUGCUUCUCCCCUGAGGGAACUAGUAAGAUACACUUUGGAAGUAAUGCUAUUGUGUCAGGAGAAGGCACUGUCUCGACCACUAUGUUUAUGAAGAAGGAGAACCAUGUUUUCUAUUACCUAAACCUAGACGCGGUCAGCGUUGAGGAGACUCGCAUUGAAACAUUGGGGACACCGUUCCACGCCGUAGACGGGAACAUAAUCAUAGACUCUGGAACCACUUUCACCUACUUGCCCGCGAGCUACUACAGCCUAGUGAGGGAGGCAGUGGAAAAGGUUGUUACAGCGGAACGAGUAACAUACCAGGACGACGAUUCGCUUUGCUACAAAACGGACACAAUGGAUAUCUUUCCAGUGAUCACAAUGCAUUUCAGUGGAGGUGCGGAUCUUGUUUUGGGUAAAAACAAUACGUAUAUGGAUUAUGGAGAAGGCGCCAUUUGUCUGAUUAUUAUAUGUGGUCCGGCGGCACCAAAUUUUGGAGAAGCUAUUUUUGGUAACAUAGCGCAGAACAACUUCUUGGUUGGUUAUGAUCUUUCUUCACGACUUGUUUCUUUUAAACCCACCGAUUGUGGAGUUACACAAGACAUACCAAUAGACGACAACUCAAUUUCUGCAGCGUCGCUUUUUCAGUUUAACAUUAAGUUUGUUUUAUUUGUUUUUGUCCUUUCGUUAAUUAGACUAUAG